CGUCACACCCGGAAGCAGCGGCUGGAGCGGAGUCGGGAGCAAUGAGCGGGGAGCCGGGGCCGACGUGUGAAGCGCCCCCUCCCGGGGAGAUUGAACCGGGUAGUGGGGUCCGCAUCGUAGUGGAGUACUGUGAACCCUGCGGAUUUGAAGCGACCUACCUGGAGCUGGCGAGUGCCGUGAAGGAGCAGUAUCCUGGCAUUGAAAUCGAGUCGCGCCUUGGAGGCACAGGGGCCUUUGAGAUUGAAAUCAAUGGACAGCUGGUGUUCUCCAAGCUGGAGAAUGGGGGCUUUCCUUACGAAAAAGAUCUCAUUGAGGCCAUCCGAAGAGCCAGUAACGGAGAACCCCUAGAAAAGAUCACCAACAGCCGUCCUCCCUGUGUUAUCCUGUAACUACACGUGAUUCCGGGUUCCUGCUCUGUUCUGAGACCCACGCCUUGGUCUCCCCUUUGGUCCUGCUGAGGGCUACCCACUGCCCUCACUUAGCUCCUGGUAAGCUAGGAGACUCUGGCCUCCACUUUGUCCCUUUGGGUACCAGGAGGGAAUAGAAGCUGUUGUGGUCUUAGGGGUGGGAGAGAGACCCUCUCCGUGGACCUUUCUAUAGCCACCUUCUACCCCCUUUCUAGGAUCAGUGCCCAAGAAAAGUCUGCUCCCCGCCUCCAGCUUAGCCAUACUGGUCAAAUGCCACCACAGUUAUAACUUAUUUUCCACUAGCCCUGGGCAAUGUCAGCUAUUGGCAAUAAAGUGGCACUACAAAUACCUGUGCCCAACUAGUGUGUUUUUGUUCAGCGGAUGUGGGGGAUAGUAGCAGAGGCUAGCCCAGCCUUUAUACCACCAGAGUGGCUAUGCUGGGUGGGUGGGCUUUCUGGAUAGCUACUUCUAUUUCAUUUCCUCUCUCAUAGCCGAGGCAAGGAAAAUGAGUCACACAGUAGGUACUGCCUCCUCCUGCCUCUGUCCCUCCCCCCACUGCCCCUAUCCAUAGGGAAUAACCCCAUUCUGGUGGGUGGCCUUAGGAAUUCAUUUUUUCUCAGCAAGAAUGAUCUGGUUGUCAAAGGGCUCUUGAACCUGGAAAAGAGCCUCCUCAUUCAAGCUUUCUCGAGAUUUCUAGCCACUCCCUCCAGGAAAAGAUGACUUGAGUGUAAGGAGGUGAGCUUAGGGUGGGCACAGAGCCACCCCAGACAUAGGCUGGUGCCCAGCUAUUUUCCAAAAUAUAUUUGCAAAUGGAGAAAGUGGGUGUGGAGAAAGGACAUCCUUCCCCCAACUCCAGGGACCCACCCCUCUCCACAAUACCCGCUCUCCCCGAGUCCUUAUUUCAUUAAAAAAAAAAAAAAUAGGCAAAAA